UAUAGAGUGGGAAAACCAUGUGUUACAACACUUUGGCUCUUUGUAACUUAAAUCUUUGUACCGCAACACAAGUUGGAGUAUUCUUUCCUACGACCUACCUGCACAUUCACCUUUGCCUUGAAAAUGAAAAUACUCCAAGAUUUCACCAAGAACAUUGUAAAGAAUGUGUUGUUUAUGUGUUGUUGAAGGCUUUCAUGGUCGGAAUCACUGUGUUGCUGUGAGUUUUCCGGGCUGUAUGGCCAUGUUCCAGAAGCAUUCUUUCCUGAUGUUUUGCCUGCAGACCUCACAACCUCUGAGGAUGCCUGCAAUAGAUGCAGGAGAGAAUGCUUCGGGAACAUGGCUAUAUAGCCCAGAAAACUCACAGUUGACCCAAUUAAAGUUUUGCCUUUUAGAGACAAUGAAGUGCAGGGAUACUAGUUGUAUUUUGCCCUCCUCUAAAACUACUUUAAUAUAUUUUCCAGUACAAACUGAAGGGAAAUGUUGCAGUCCCUGCAGAUACUUAGAUAAAACAGAUGCCGAAUACCAUCCUGUUCUAAGCCUUUUUUGGUCAUCCUUCCUUGCUCCAGAAGCAGGGAGGAAAUUGGGAGUUUGCUGAUGGAGAGCAGGUCAAGUUUUUCCUGUCUUGGGAAUUUCGCUUUUCUCCAAGCUAAACGUCCCCAGCUCCCUCAGUCCUUCCCCUUAAGGCUUGUUUUUCAGAUCUUGGAUCAUCUUGGUCACCCUUCUCUAAGAAAAAGGGAAAGAAAGGGCUAUAGGGGUUACCAGCUUUCAUUUGUGUGAUGAUAAUUAAAACCAAAGGUUUCCACUGCACCAAAACGGUUGUUGUAAUUGUGAAAUGUUAAAACAGUAACAUACGGAGUCACUUAGGCAAAGUACAGAGUGGUCUGUGAUCAGUUCAAGGAGGUUAGUUUAGCUUUGGAUUUCUGAAGCCUGGCGUCAUCCACCCUAGAAGGCCCUCCUCCUGUUUUAUUCUUGUUUAACGUCCCUCCUGCCAACGGUGCAAAAACCAAAACAAAAGCCCUUUUCAACUGCACGUUGUUGUAUUCCUCAACUGCUCAAAAUGUGUCCAGCUGCACAAUGGAAUCCUGCCUGCCUCUUUUCACCAGUGAAGUGCAAAGAAAAAAAGAGACACAAGGACCUCCCCUCGCCAUUCCACCCCCAUUUUUUUUUACUAAGCAAAGCCUGGGAUUUAUGGGGAGGGGAGGGAGGGACUGAGGGUUGCCCCAGCUGCUGCCUUUGUCCCUCCUGCAAAGCCAAAGCAGACCAGAUUGAGGAGAGAGAGGAGGAGAAAGAGAGAAAGAUAGAAAGGAAAGAAGGAAGGAGCAAGAAGGAAAGGACACAAGGCUCAGCCCAGAUCCAGAGGAGGGCAAAGAAGGCGCUGCAUCCCUUCCAGAGCCAUGAACUGCAGCGAGAGCCGUCGCCUCCACCGCCUUCUGAUCCAACUCUGGCAGGAGCUUCACGGUGGCAGCACCAACUCCAGCCCCAUCUUGCCGUCUCCGUUGCCGCCCAAGGCUGGCAGCUCUGCCCAAGCUGGGACCGAAGACGAUGCCUACCUGUACAUCCUGCUGAUCAUGAUCUUCUAUGGCUGCCUGGCUGGGGGGCUGAUCCUAGCUUACACGCGCUCCCGCAAGCUGGAGUCCAAGCACGACCCCUACCACCUCUACAUCGAGAGGGACUGGGCAGCUGGAGGAAGCAGCCUAGCCGGAGGGGCCAAGAGCAGGGAAGGCGGCCUGGAGGAAGGGGAGGCCCCCUCUGCUGAAAUCGCCGCUGCCUAGGAUGCCCUCCUCACCACACUCAGCUUCCCAGACUGACAAGACAGGAAAGAUCCAACCCCAAGGCCUUCUUUUGGACUCCUGGGCGUCAGAAGACUGCAGGUUCAGUGACAAGCACUUGAAGAGUAUAGUGCAGAAAUGUGUUUGUAGAGAAUAUGGGGAUGGAUAGUCUCCGCCAGCAUCUCUAAUAGCACCAGCAGGCUUUGUUGUCUUAAUAAAAAGCAAUGCCUGGACACAUUACAUGAGGGGAAGAGGGGAGCUCUGUGUGGCAACAAGUCCCAGGAUCCCCAUCCAGCAUCAUAGCACCGGUGGAUUUUUCUAGAAAAAGCAGAGUGUGGAAAUUUAUUUUUGGGAGAUGAGAGUAUCACAUCUCUCACUGAUUGCUUUUCCAAAUGUGUUUGUCUGGGAAACAUUGAAGACGGGCCUUUAAAGACUUGGGAUGGGUAGCUGUGCAGGCCAUAAAUUGUCUGAGGAUGGGAAAUGCUGGCAGUUGGGGCCGCUGCGCGCAAAUGGGAUCCCGGUGGGCCUAACACCCCAAGGGAGCACCUGGCCAAAGACCAACCUCAGCUGACUGGACAUUCUUGAGAGGGACAUUUAUUGUUGCCGGUUGAAAGAGAUCGAGAUUUUGUGAAGGGAACAGUAACUGAGGCCAUCAACGUCCCUCCAGCCCAGCUUGAGCUAAGCCUUUACGGGAGUUGAUUUUCCAACUACCAGCAUAUUUUGAGCUGUCUCUGUUCUGAUCCUGUUAUUUUGGGAUGACUUUGUUGGCUUGAACAGGGAGUUUGUGACCAAAGCUUGAAAAGAUUGGUUUUGGAGGCAGAUAAUGACAACUCAGAAUGAAAGGGCAGUUUAUCCUUUCCUCUUUCCCCUCUUUGUCACAUCCUUCUUUUCCUGCCCUCCUCCUUUCACUCAUUCUGCCACCCUUUGUCCUAUUCCUGGUCUCCUUCCAUCUCCUUUUCCUGCCAUUCUUUCUUCCCUUCUCUCUCUGCCACCCUUAUUCUCUCCCGCUUUCUGCAAAAUUAAAGUGAAAGCACAGACCUGCCUUUAGAUUUGGAGAUUCGGUUCGAAGCCCAACAUUUGCCAUGGCUUUUUGCAAAUAAGAUUCCGCCAGACUUAGAAGCUGCAAGGCCAUUCAGUGCUAAUCAAGGUGGUCAAUUGCACCAUUCACACUUGCCUCAAGCACACAAGAAUUCUUUCUCCCACCUGCCACAGAUAUAUAAACCCCACUUGCAUAGUUUUCCAACAGACCUCCCAACCUUUGACAAUGCCUGCCAGAGAUGUGGGUGAAAUGUCAGGAGAGAAUGCUCUGGAACAUGGCCAAUAUAACCUGGGAAACUCACAGCGACCCAGUGAUUCCAGCCAUUAAAACCUUUGACAAGAUUGUGGGUUCCAGCUUUCUCUCCCCUGGCUCUGAUCAAGACUUAUUUAGCCCUGCAAGGUAGAAAAUCUUUAUCCUUUAUUGAAGCCGCUCAUGCAGUUGUUGACUCAAACUAGCCUCAUAUGGCCAAAGCAGAAUAGAAGCCAACAGACAGCAGGGGCGGGUGGGAGGAGACCCAAGACUUUCCCCAAUGGCAUUUUUUCCUGUUUCCAAGCAAAGGGAAGGUUUAGGGGUGUAGAGAAGCAGGCACAAAAGACAUUGGAAAAAUUACUUGCGGGUCACAAAAGAACCUUGAAUGGGAAAGUGAGCUGCAAAAGAACUGGGACAAGAUCUUUUGGGGCUACAGCUCUAAGAUACCCAUGGCAAUUCAUGCCUCCAAACCCUCAGAUCACAUUUUUUAAUACAAAAAGAAAUUGAAAUGAGUUUUCCUCUCCUUGUAUGGCUCAAAACCACUGCAAAGUGUUACUCCUCUGCCUGUCUAUAUCUAUCGACCAUAUACUGCCUGAUGCGAUGUGCCUUUGUGGUAUAUUGGUGUAUCUCUAGACAUUUGCUAGGUCAUCUGUACAACUCUAUAAGUAACCUCUAAAGAAAAUUGACAAUUGAAUCACCUGGAACAAAUUCUUUGUACAUUUCUAGAGAUGACAUGUUUCCUCAAGCACAGAGAGGUGCAGACAUAGGUUUUGUGGUUACAAGGGACAUAUGCGACUAUGCUGCAUGUAUGUAACACAGGAGCAUCUCAUGCCCAAACCUCCUUCACCAGGAGGUCUGUUCAGCUGGCCAUUGGGCUGCAGAUCUCUAAAAUGCUCCCAUUGCCAACAUUCCUCCCACAUGUAUCCCUUGACAAGUUCUGGUCCCACUUUUGGGCCAAAGAUAACCUGGCCUUUGAGCUGCAAAACCUCAGGGUUGGGCUGAUUUUGGACCCCCACCCUCCCUCCAAUCCCAAUGAAUAAAUACAUACUACUUAUAAAUCAGAACAGAAAGGGCUUCUAACCCACUGAAGUGUCAUUCCUGGGAUACAUGAAGGUGGCCAAAAGGAAGAGCAAAAGGGAUCCUUCAAGCCCCAUUGCAUAUCCACUCCUGCUAUAGUUAAUUAUUUCAGAGUAUAUUGAGAUCCUAGGAUAUGUGUGUGUUGCAAGGAAUAUUUUCUCAAAAUAAAGACAUGAACAGUUUGUA